AUGUUUAGCCAGCCAGAUGUAGAAAGUCCCCCGAGCUAUAUCGGUAACACGAUACCGUACGAACGUUUUCCGCCAAAGGCGACCCCACACAGAAGAGCUACGGUGAAAUAUUGGAACGGCCCCAACUCCCCUCAAACGCGGGUGACCCCGACUCUUCGACGUCCGGGGACCGUCUACCGCAUCGCCACACUCCGCCCCCGCUCGGAAGAUAUUCGUCGCGCGGCGGCAACACGAACCCGCUCACUAAACCAAAAUCAUGGAAGAAACGAAUCCACCCAGCUCCAUCACAUCCCCACGGUCCCCACAGACCAACCUGCUGUCUCUCCCGCACGAGCUCCUUCUCCAAAUCUUCGACCCCGGCCGCAUCUCCUCCUACAGCCACCCUCACAGGUGUGGGACCAGCGGGCGACCAGGGAGCGAUACAUUCGGAACCGCCAAAUCUUUUACGCCUGCUCCCUCGUCUCGAGGGACCUGUCGGCCUUUGCCAGGCCGCCUCUCUACGCCGCCGUCGUCGCUCAGGAUUGCCGGGAGCUCCUCCUCCUCCUGCGCACGCUCUGGUCCUCACCCGCGCCGGGGACGCCCGCGCCGGGGUUUCUCAUCCAAGAGUUCGGCUGGUUCGGCAAGAAAAGGGAGAGCGACCGGGGCGAUAUCCCGCCCAAGGUGUUUGAAAAUUUCGGCGACUUGUGGAGGGAAGUCUUUGGCGUGGUGUCUUCGACGAGGUCCGCGGACGACGUGGUCAUUCGAAAUGUGCUGAAAAUUGAGGAGGAUCUAAAUAGCUUUGGAGCCCCUGCCAUCCUCGGCUGCAUCCUGUUUCGGCUCACACAUGCCCCGGCGCCUCUUCCUAUCUUUUAA